GAAGGGGAGUGUGAGUGGGGCGCAGCAUGGCAGAACAAGAAGCCAGUGGCUUGCAAGUCCUUCUCUCCACCCUCCAGAGCUCCUGUGACAAGGAUGUCAUCCUGAAUAUUCUCGGUGUUCUCACUGACCUGCUCUCCCUGGAUAGGAAGUUUGGGCUGAAAGUGCGGAGACUGGAAGCAACGGAUGUAAUACUGAGCUUGGCAAGAAAAUACCUGGGCCACCACCUGUACCUCACCCACUGCCUCUGGGUGCUGCAGGUUUGUGCUUCCAAUGUUACUGCAGGAACUGCACUUGGCAUCAAUGGAGCCAUGGAGCUGCUUUUUAAAGUCAUCACUCCUUACAGCAAAAGACACGUCAGGACAGUCAGGGCAGCCAUUGAGGCUCUGGCAGCUUUGCUGAAAUCAAAAUCUAACAGCCGACGGGCAGUGAACAGAGGCUACUUGUGUGGAUUGCUGAGACUCUAUCAAGACUGGCAUCACAAUGAUGUAUCCAACAACUAUAUUCAUAUUCGUAGGGGUCUCCUAAUCUGCCUCAAACACAUCACGAACAUCCAGCUGGGCAGGGAGAAUUUUCUUGAUUCCCGUGGUAUGGAGAUUCUUUUCACAAGUGUGCAGGAUUGUCUAUCUUGCAAGAAUUUGGAUCCUAUCAUAAGAACUGUGACUCAGAUCCUGAGAAAGUGCUACCCCAAGGAGCCUCUGCCUGUGCCAACAGUAAGAAGUUCCUAUUCCUUCCCUCUUCCUGGGAGUGUUAGGACUGAACCUCCAUGUAUGGUACCUGAAGAGGAUUAUGAAAGUGAUGGAGAGGAAGAGGUGGAAAAAGAUCUGGAUAAUGAUGAUGACGAGACUAAGGAGGAAGAUGACGACUUGGAAACAGAUGUGAACAAACUGAGGUCAAGGCCAGUGCUUGACCGACCAGAGGAGGAGCUUAAACAGUAUGAAGCAAUGUGUCCAGAGCUUUCCCAUAAUUUUCAGGAGCUUCAAUCAGAGUCUGAAGAAGAGAAGAGCUCAGAGGACAACACUGAGAAUCUUCCAUCUACUGCCUCUUAUUUCAUUCAAAGUGCUACGUCUGCGAAACAUCAAAACACACAGAGCAACCAAAAUGUUACAGAAAUGGGACCAGAUCCAGGGGAAAAGGAUUCAAAAGCCCCACCGCAGAGCUGGACAAAGAAGAAGAAAUGCAGACGGGCUCAGGUAACUGAAAGGCAGGACGUAGAAGAGACGAUCCAAGAUGCAGACUCCCUUGAAGAGGAAGAUCUGACCAGGAGUCAUGUGCUGACUGUGUGUCCUCUCCCAAAAGAGGCUGCUUGGUACAAAAAAAUGUUUAACAAUGAAUGUGAGGCCUCAAUCAAUCCUAGUCCUGGAAGGAGACUGGAGACCUCAGAUAUACUGAAAAAUCUUCUGAAGAAACACCAAGAAAAUAUGCCAUUCCACAGCCCUUUCUUCUACAUAGGUAGGGCUGAAUGCGUCAAGUCCAUACCAGACUACAAAUUCUUGGCGUUCCCAGAUUUCUGGGGUCACCAGCCACCUCCUUAUGGCAAGCCCAUGCUGGAGCGGAAGUAUGGGGUUCAAAGGGACAAAGUACUGGAUGAUGUUCGCCGCUUAAUCCAGCCGGAUGAUGUGAUAGGCAGAACCGUUUUUGAUUUAGACGAGCCCAAUUACUCAAGCCCAGGUGCUCCAGGCUGCCUGACAUUUUUCUCCAAGUUUGAAUCAGGAAACCUUCGCAAAGCCAUCCAAGUGCGUGAGUUUGAGUAUGACCUGAUUUUGAAUGCAGAUGUGAACAGCAACCAGCAUCACCAGUGGUUCUACUUUGAAGUCCGUGAUAUGAAAUUAACAGUUCCCUAUCGCUUCAACAUUAUCAACUGUGAGAAGUUCAAUAGCCAGUUUAAUUAUGGCAUGCAGCUGGUCAUGUAUUCAGUGAAGGAAGCUCUCCAGGGCAGGCCUCAAUGGCUUCGGGUGGGCUAUGAUAUCAGCUACUACAAAAACCACUACCGCAGCUAUGCAGCUACAGCAGGAGGCAUAAGGAGAAAAUCCUACUACACGCUUGCCUUCAGUAUCACCUUCCCUCAUAAAGACGAUAUCUGCUACCUGGCCUACCAUUACCCCUACACCUACUCCGCAAUGAUGUCCCAUCUUGACAUCCUGGAACAAAGUAGGAACCCCAGGAAGGUUUACUGGAGGCAGCAGACGCUCUGCCAGACACUAGGAGGAAAUCCAUGCCCAUUGCUCACAAUCACUGCCAUGCCAGAAUCUAAAAAAAGGGAUGACUUGGAGCAAUUCUACAACCGUCCUUAUGUGUUUCUAAUGGCUCGUGUUCACCCUGGUGAAAGUAAUGCCAGCUGGGUAAUGAAGGGGACUCUGGAGUUCCUUUUAAGCAGUGAUCCCAUUGCUGAUCUCCUGAGGAAAUGUUUCAUUUUCAAGAUUGUCCCCAUGCUCAAUCCGGAUGGAGUCAUCAAUGGCAACCAUCGUUGUUCCUUGAGUGGGGACGACCUGAAUAGACAGUGGUUGACUCCUAGUUCCCAGCUCCAUCCAACCAUUUACCACACCAAAGGUCUUCUGUACUACCUGCGCAGCAUUGGCCGGGCUCCUCUGGUAUUCUGUGACUACCAUGGCCACUCCCAGAAAAAGAACGUGUUUCUGUAUGGCUGCAGCAUCAAGGAGACCUUGUGGCAGGCAGACUGCAUGGUUGACACAGCAGUUAUCACAGAAGAUGUUGGCUACAGGACUCUUCCUAAAAUCCUGGAUAAAGUGGCCCCUGCAUUUGUCAUGAACAGCUGCAGCUUCCUGGUAGAGAAGUCCCGGGAGUCAACGGCCAGGGUGGUGGCAUGGCAGGAAAUGGGUAUAUUGAGGAGCUACACCAUGGAGAGCACGUACUGUGGCUGCAGCCAUGGUCUCUACAAAGGCCUGCAGCUGGGAACUCAGGAGCUGGAGGAGAUGGGAAGCAAGUUUUGCCUUGGUUUGCUCAUCCUGCAUCUCAAAUCCUUGCCCUGCAGCAAAAAACUGAUGGCGCAGGCAGCACUCCUGCUGGAUCUGGAGGAAGAGAUAACAGACCUCCGGGCACACAGGAGCAGCAGCAACAGCAGCCUGGAGACUGAUGAUGAACCUCCUUGUGUGGAAGAAAUAGAUUAUAAUACUGAUAGCUGCUCUGAUGGUGAAGGGGAUUUCUCAGAGCUAGACAAAGAGAUCCAGGAGUGCCUGCUGCAGGUGGAAGGAGAGACAGAAGAUGGGGGAGCGACCAUGGGACAGACAUGCAGCUCCAAGGUUCUCAGAGGGCUCUACAUUUCCAGCCAGCCAGCAGCCAACAACAGGGCUCUCCCUCUGCGUUCAGCACCUCUCGGGAUGUGCAGUGGGUUUGAGAGCAGCCCUGCGUGAAGAGAGCUUUGACUGGCUAAGCAAUAAGCAAAUGUGUUAGUGUUCAUGUUUGUCUGUUUGCCAGCUUCAGCAUCCUCCCCACAUGUAUUGCUCCAGUUCUGCAUGGAAAAUUGACUAUAUGUUUGUGUAAUGUAUAUACAUAAAUACAGAGAGAAGGACUUCUUUUCCUUUGCGCACAAGAUGGAGAGAGGGGCUGCUGGCUCAGAUACUGCUAUGUGAGGACAUCAGCCAUUCCUAAACACAAUCCCCAGUUCAGUGGCUGCCUCUAGUUUAUUAGUAUAUGGCUUCAUAUAGAUUGUCCUGAGGAAACAAGAGAUGGUGACCCUCAUCCCAAUUUAGGCUUUUACUAUGGGCAGCAGCCUUUGUCCACAAAUCCUGGAAGAGUGGCAGUUUCUGAGGCCUUUGGCCAGAGCUCUCUGUUACCAUUCAGUUAUCUUGAGCUGUAGGUCACGUGUCUGAUUACUGUCUGACCAGAGUUUUUACAAGUGUCUUCAAUAGGCUUUGAAUCACGCCGUGCAUGCUUCUGAGCUGGUCAUAUUUCAGCAACAAUCUGACAAAUCCUCCAUGCCCCACUAAGGUAUGCAACCAGUUCCUUACCUGCAGAAAAUCAGUGCUGAGCUGACUACAGUGAAGAAAUACUGCUGGCCACCAGAUGGAGAUCUGGUCCAGUAACUUGUCCCCUGUAUGUCAAGAUGUCAGUCCACUUCCUUCUAAGACGCUCAGAAAAGACACGGAGCUUUCUCUGGAAAAUGGCUCCAUGGAGAGCUGCUGAAGUUUUUCCCUGGCGUUUUAGGGAGCUGGUUCCACCUCAUUUUAUUCUCAGUAUCCUCUGUUGUCAUUGUAAAAUGUCAUAUUUACACAUAUCUCUGGAAGCCUGAGCUAAAUUCACCUCUUCACUCACCUCGCACUGAAAUGAACUAGUCCAGCGUAAUCUUAGUUGAAUCUCUUCAUGCUUGAACUGAUUGGGCCCAAGUCCAGAAUUUGUAUCACAGAGCCUGUGAAACGAUACUUUCUUUUUGAGAUAUCCUUCCAGCAGGAUGUGCUAAAGUACAAACAUAGCAGUUCAUCCUGGGGAACUAGAGCUAAUAUUUAAAGCUUUUAUUGGGAGUGAGAGAGGUUUGGGGCAUUUCCAGGAGAAAACACGUUCUCUUGAGGUAGCCAGAAGUCCCCCAAUAUUCCAGCAAUGGAUUAGUGAUGGUGACAAUAUCCAAGAGUGAAUUUAGCCCAAGUAUCACCUCCAGUGAUUCUUGGUUAGUUUUAUUAUGAUACCACUGAGGAAAACUAGACCUGGUUACAGGACCCCAUUUAUGCCAGAUAGCAAUGGAGUAGAAGAGGUUACUGGUAGGGUAUAUAUGGAACACUUCUACCAGUGACUCCCAGAAGUGGGUCAGAACAGCUUCUCUUUUGAUCCCCAAAUGGAAAAAAAAUAGCUUUCUCCUAAAAUCACCUGCAAACACAGCUCCUGAUUCUAUAAAAUCAUCUCUUAUGGAGGACAGGUAACCUAGCAGUAUCUUUGCAAUCCGAACUCCACCAGCAUUAGAGUUCACCAUGCUCUCACAUGCCUUCAGUUUUACACUGGCCAAAGCAGUGGAGAUGUGACUUUUUGAACUUCAGCACUGACUGAGAACCCAGCCAUGUGCCUGAGGUCCCUGAAGCAUGAAGCCCACAUCACUGUAUCUCACUUCUUAUGUUGCCUGAACUUCUCGUGUGUCCUAGACUCUGCUAUUGCAAGUGGAGAACUACCUUAAACUCAAAUGGAGUUAACUGCGCUACGCAAGAGUCUCACAACUCUGUUGCUGCUUUCUUUGCGAGGUUCAAGGGGGAGGAAGGACAUACAACGUGUGAUAGAGUUGCAGCCUAUACGGCCUUCAUUGUCGGUGAUUACUAUUAUUAUUACUUAUAUGUGGCUAAAAGUACCAUAUCAUCCUGUCAUCUAUAUGCUGUUUGUGGAGGGAAUUCCUGGUAAAGACUGAGGUUUUUUCUGAUAAAUAGCCAAACACCUUUCUCCCAGACUACCUAAACAUAGUUUCCUAGCAGGAGCUUGCUCUUGGGAGAAAGUUUCUUCCUGUCCUGCUGAGGUUUCAGUAUCCAAGUGUUUUAAAGUCUUAGCCAGCACACGACAGCUCUCUAUCUCUCUAGCUCUUGCUUUAUAAUGCUGCUCAAAAGACAGGCAGCUUGGGUCCUUAUAAACUGAAGCUUCUUAGACCAAUCUAAUUCAUUAGGUAUGGUGUGUUCUCUGUACAGAUGUCCUGUUCUGCUGGCUUUGGUGUGGAGCUUGUUGCACAUAAUAGUGAAUUGUCAUAAAAGGAUGGCUCACAGGAAUGGAUAGGAAAGAAGUAAAACAGGUGUUCCCAUUCCAAUAGUUUGUAUAACAUUGCUUCAAAGCUUCUUAAUAAAAAAUGAUAUAUGUGUGUAGUUAACUUCAAAAUCCAGCAUUUGAAUACAUGACAAAACUCUCACUCUGCUAGACCCUGUCUACAGCGUGCACAGGCCAUGCUGCAGGAUCUUCUGGAUUCAGCACAAGCCCAGGAUGCAGUGCAGAAAAUACUACUGUACAUGAAUGCAAGUGUAGAUGUGAACGUACACAUACAGAGCCCUGCACUUUCUACCUUCUCUUCAUUGAA